GGGGAGCCCCCCUCCCCCUCCUCCUCCUCCUCGGGACCAAGUUCCAUCCUUUCCCUCGGGGGCUGCCAGGGCCCCUGCCCUCCCUUCCUGCCUGCCAGGUCUCUCCGGAGGCGGAGGGGUUAAAGGGGCGGCCCUCCGAGGGCUGCUGCUGUCCCCGGAUCCCCCGCCGCAGGAGGCCGGGUUUCUUCUCGGCCUCAGAGCGAGGCUCCCGGGAGGAAGGGGCCGGGAGCAGCCCGAGGCCGGAGCCAUGCGGAGCCGGAGCAACUCGGGGGUGCGGCUGGACGGCUACGCGCGCCUCGUGCAGCAGACCAUCCUCGGGCACCAGAACCCGGUCACAGGGCUCCUUCCGGCCAGCUGCGACCACAAGGAUGCCUGGGUGCGAGACAAUGUCUACAGCGUCCUGGCGGUCUGGGGGCUGGGCCUAGCCUACCGCAAGAACGCUGACCGCGAUGAGGACAAGGCCAAAGCCUUUGAGCUGGAGCAGAGCGUGGUGAAGCUGAUGCGGGGGCUCCUGCAGUGCAUGAUGCGGCAGGUGGACAAAGUGGAGGCCUUCAAGUACAGCCAGAGCACCAGGGAUUCCUUGCAUGCCAAGUACAACACCAGCACCUGUGCCACCGUUGUGGGGGAUGACCAAUGGGGCCACCUCCAGCUCGAUGCCACCUCCCUCUACCUGCUGAUGCUGGCUCAAAUGACUGCAUCCGGGCUCCACAUUGUCCACAGCCUGGAUGAAGUCAACUUCAUCCAGAACCUUGUCUUUUACAUUGAAGCAGCCUACAAGACUGCUGACUUUGGGAUAUGGGAACGUGGUGACAAGACCAACCAAGGGAUUACAGAGCUGAAUGCCAGCUCCGUGGGCAUGGCAAAGGCGGCCCUUGAGGCCCUGGAUGAGCUCAACCUCUUUGGUGUCAAGGGGGGGCCCCAAUCUGUGGUCCAUGUGCUUUCCGAUGAGGUGCAGCACUGCCAGUCCAUUCUGCACUCCAUGCUGCCAAGGGCUUCCACAUCCAAGGAGAUCGAUGCCAGCCUCCUCUCGGUCAUCUCCUACCCGGCUUUUGCAGUAGAAGACAGCGAGGUUGUGGAGAAGACAAAGCAGGAGAUUGUCACCAAGCUGCAGGGCCGAUACGGCUGCUGCCGCUUUCUCAGAGAUGGCUACAGGACCCCCAAGGAGGACCGCAGCCGUCUCUAUUAUGAGCCAGCCGAGCUUAAGCUCUUUGAGAACAUUGAGUGCGAGUGGCCCCUUUUCUGGACCUACUUCAUCAUCGACGGCAUCUUCAGCGGAAACUGGGAGCAGGUUCAGGAGUACAGAGAAGCCCUGGAGGGGGUCCUGAUCAAAGGCAAGAAUGGGAUUCGGCUGAUCCCAGAGCUCUACAGCGUCCCUCUGGAGAAGGUGGAGGAGGAGUACUGCAACCCUCACUCCGUGGAGCGUGUGCCGCAGGGAAAGCUGCCUCUGAUGUGGGGCCAGUCCCUCUACAUCCUGGGCUGCCUCAUGGCGGAGGGUUUUUUGGCUCCAGGGGAAAUUGAUCCCCUCAACCGCCGGCUGGCGACUGUCCCCAAGCCUGAUGUGGUGGUGCAGGUCUGCAUCCUGGCUGAGACGGAGGCCAUCAAGGCCCUCUUGCGGAAGGAGGGCAUUGAGGUGCAGACGGUGACCGAUGUCUAUCCCAUCCGAGUGCAGCCAGCAAGGAUUCUCAGCCACAUCUAUGCCAGGCUAGGCCGUAACAAGCGCAUGAACCUGAGUGGGCGUCCUUUCCGGCAGAUGGGUGUCCUGGGGACCUCCAAGUUCUAUGACAUCCGCGACAACACCUUUAUCUUCACCCCACAGUUCAUGGACCUGCAGCAGUUCUACCUGGCUCUGGACAACAAGAUGAUUGUGGAGAUGCUCCGGACAGACCUGUCCUACCUGUGCAGCCGCUGGAGAAUGACGGGGCGCCCCAUCAUCACCUUCCCCAUCUCACACACGAUGCUCGAUGAAUCUGGCACCAGCAUCCACCCAACUGUCUUGGCCACACUGCGGAAACUGCAGGAUGGGUAUUUUGGAGGGGCAAGGAUCCAAACCGGUAGGUUGUCCGAGUUUCUCACGACGUCGUGCCGCACCCACCUCAGCUUCAUGGACGCUGGGCCGGAGGGUAAGCUCUUUGCUGAUGACUAUGGGCUCAGCCUUGAGAGCUUCAGAGAUAUAGACCCUGAGGAUUGGCUGCAUGGCUUUCAGUUGACACAAGAUGAUGACCUUUGUGAUGAAGUUGCCCAGUACCUGGACCACCUUCUGCAGCAGACGGCCCCCAAGGCCCGACUCCCACCUGUUGCACAAAAGGGAGGGCUCCACCGCUUCCGGGCCGCCGUCCACACCACCCGGGACAUGCUGUCACUGGUGUCCAAGGCAAAGGAGCUGCAUGUGGAGAAUGUUGGCAUGUACAUCCCCUCCAAGCUCUUCCAGGACUCCCAGGCGUCUGUUAAUUUGCUCGGUUCAAGCCAGAAGCAUGAAAUGAAGCCACUCUCUCCGUCGGAGCUGAACCUCCCGAAAGAUGCGGAGGGGAAUGUGGACCUCCAGGCCUUGGUGGACCAGCUCCGCGAAUGCCAAACACUGCAGGACCAGGCCAACCACCUCUAUGUACUCUACACGCUCAAAGGGGCAGACUGGGACACCCAGAUAUACGGCGAACCUGGUGUCACCAUCAACGACCUCCUCCUGGAGCUCUAUGGCAAAGUUGGGGCAACUCGCCAGUGGGCCCUGAUCCGUUACAUCUCGGGGAUCCUGAAGAAGAAGGUGGAAGCACUCGACGAGGCCUGCACUGACCUGCUCUCCCACCAGAAGCACCUCACUGUGGGUCUCCCCCCAGAACCUCGGGAGAAGACCAUCUCCGCGCCAUUGCCCUACGAAGAGCUCGUCCGCCUGAUCGACGAGGCCAGUGAGAAGAACCUGACCGUCUCCAUCCUGACACAGGAGAUUAUGGUCUACCUGGCCAUGUACAUCCGGACGCAGCCCACCCUCUUUGCCGAGAUGUUCCGACUGCGCAUUGGGCUCAUCAUCCAGGUGAUGGCAACGGAGCUGGCCCAGUCGCUCAGCUGCUCAGCGGAGGAGGCUACGGAGAGUUUGAUGAAUCUCAGCCCUUCCCAUCUGAAGAGUCUUCUGCAUCACAUCCUCAGUGGCAAAGAAUUUGGGGUGGAGAGAAGUGUGCGGGCGAUGGACUCGGCAACGACCCCGGCAGUCUCCAUCCGCGAAGUCGGCCCUGUUGGAGCCACAAAAACCGAGCGGGCCGGCAUUAUCCGUCUGAAGAGUGAGAUCCAGCAGCAACUGGACAGACGUAGGCAGUCUGUGCCUGACAUUCAGUCCAGUGGCUUGCACUUCAUGGAGGCUGGCAUGGAACCUUCCCAGGUGCCCAAACACACCAUUCCUCCGGGGGAAAGGACCCUCUCUUCCAUGCUGGAGGAAGACCGCUCCAAGGACACGCGCCAGGGCCAGUGGCAGCGGAGACGGAGGCUGGACGGGUCCCUAAACAGGGUCCCGGUGGGGUUUUACCAGAAGAUCUGGCGGAUCCUGCAGAAGUGCCACGGACUCGCCAUUGAAGGCUUCGUUCUUCCUUCUUCCACAACUGAAGAGAUGACUCCGGGGGAGAUCAAGUUUGCCGUCCAUGUGGAGUCUGUCCUCAACCGGGUCCCUCAGCCGGAGUACAGGCAGCUCUUGGUGGAGGCCAUCCUGGUUCUGACGCUCCUGGCUGACAUGGACGUCCGCAGCAUUGGUGGCCUCAUAGCUGUGGACAGGAUCGUCCGCCUCGCCAGUGACUUGUUCUACGAGGAACAGAAAAUCCUGGGUGCGGACGACAACAUGCUGGAGAGGGACCCAGCCACAGGCAUCUGCACUUUGCUCUAUGACAGUGCCCCGAGUGGACGCUAUGGCACCAUGACCUACCUCUCCAAAGCCGUGGUCACCUACGUCCAGGACUUCCUGCCCAGCAGUGGCUGUGCCAUGCAGUGAGCCUCGCCAGGAUUCUCACCAAGAGCUCCGUGGGACUGAAGGCCAGCCUCCGCUCCCUUCUCAGCAGCUCCAGCAGGUCUCCAUCCUCUCAGCUGGGCAAGUCUGCCUGGGAUGGGACUGUCUUGGACCUGGAAGCAACAGCCCCUUGACCAAGCAGAAAGGGAGUCCUCUGGGGCUUUUGCAGGGAAACGGGGGGCUGUCUGUGUAUGGUCAAGAGUGCUGCACACUCCGUUUCUCAGCCAAGGAGGUUUCUGGCCUGGAUCCAGCCUGACCCUCGGGGCGAAGGCUGUUUUGCACUGCUUUGGAUGGCUGCUUCUCUGAAGGCUGUGGGGAAAUUUUAGAGGCAAAGGGGUCCUGCUCCACAAGUUUGCUUUCGUUGGGGCUGCUCCCUAGAGACCCACAUAUAAAAUGCUAACAUGCGCACAUUGACAACCGCAGGGAAGGUGCUUGUUAGCCUUUUGGUGGGUCUGCUUUCCACUGCUGCCCUUCGGUGUGAUUUUGGCUCCUUCCCACUUUGGCAGCUGCAGAUUUUGUUACUGAGUGGGGUUUUCUCUCUCUGGGGCUGGGUUUUUGCCUGUUGACUUGAAUGAAUGUACAGAGCCGACUCUGUUGCUGCUGAUGCCGUUUGAUCUUGAGGUCUUCCCCAAAAUCUCUUCUCUGCAGUCUGUCCAGGAGAAACCUCCUGCUCCAAGUGCCUUUUAAUGAAUGUAACCUUUGCAUUUACAUAUAAUCACCAGUCCUAGUGUGGGCAACGUCUUCCCAUUUGCAGUGAGUCUUAGAAGGAGAGGACUCACGGGAGGGUCUUGGUCAGUCUGAACAGGCUGCAAACCUCUGUGACACAAGAAGCUGUAGGAACAAAUGAAUAAACCAGUGAUUUUUCUCCAAGGCAAAACAAAAACCGCAUCAGGCGCACUCCAUAGGUGGCAAGUGCUCUUAUGUGGGAUGGGAACUCUCCCUUUCCUCCUCAUGUCUUCCUGGGUUUCUCAAGAGAUUGAAAGCAAGAAGCUCCACAGACAAGAUCUCAAGCAAGUGCUUGGCUCUUGCUUUUGGAGGUGGGAGCAGUUGCGCAAACCUUGUCCUUUGCGGAGGGUUUCUCUGCCUUCUUGUUCCAAAGACUUAGGGAAGGAGGAAGCUCCCAUCUUGACAAGGACAGUCCAAAGCUUUGGAAGGAGCGGAAAGCACUUUGCAAGUGGAGGAGGUCCACUUGCAAGUACGACUGUGUUGUGUGUGUUUGGGACUGAUGAGUGUGUGCAAGCGUGUGUGUGUGUGUGAGGAGUCCUCCUUGCCAAAUGUGACUCUUUUCUGGGACAAAAGAGUUCACCGAAUAUCCAUUUGCUGCAGAAAGGGGAAUGUCACACACAGAGGCUUUGACGCCCCAAAGGAAGUGCCAGUUGCAGCUGGUGCCUUAUCCCUUGGAGGGGGAUGCGGUGAUGCUUCUGGGGAGAUAUGGGUUGCUGAAACCCUUUCUAAUGGUUUGGAGCAACUGAGCUGUGCGCUCUGGUAAGUGUGUUUGUUUCUCUGAAUUCAAGUGCCAAUUUUUUAAUGCCAGAGAGCCAGCAGAAGAAGCAGCAUGCCAUUGCGAGACAGAUGCCCAACUGGAGUGUGCCGCCUUUGGAGCUGUGUCCUCUGUCCCUGCGACUCUGGGGCUGUUACUCCUCAGUGCACUUUCAUGACUGGAAUUCAGAGACACAGAUGUGUUAGUCUGGAAUUAUCAGGAGGCAAAGGGAUCUUGUAGCUGGAUAAUGUUUCCCAAACUUUGGUCCUCCAGGUGUUUUGGACUUCAACUCCCAGAAUCCCUAGCUGUCGGCCAAGUUGGCUGGCACUCUGGGAGCGGAGGUCCAAAACACUUGCAAAGGGAGACUACAGUCCCAAACACACUGCAGAAAUAACCCAAAUAAAUGGUGGGAAUUGUAGUUUGUUGUGGUCCCAGAGUUCUCUAAUGGAGAAAGCUAAAUGUCUCAGAAAACUACAGUACCCAGAAUCCCAUAACA